GGCCAAAAAUAUCAAUAUUACACCAAUCGUGUUAAUACUUAAUGGUCAUAUGUACCUUCCAAAUCAGCAGCACGGCUGCAUUUGUGUUCAACUACUACUAAAAUCAUAUUUAGGGUGCAUAAAAAAUUCGAUCAUGAUAAUUUCAGAAAAUAUAGCUGCUUGUCGGAUAACGCUUCUUGAAAAUUACGGUGAUACUACACUCUGGUAGAUAUAAGAAAGCUUGUGUUAAAGUUUUAUGUUUGUAUCGCAGCAACGCUGUGCAAAUUGCAAAUCUUGUCGCUGGAUUUCAAGAUACAAGAUCACACGGGAUAGAUGCAUUUGGUGGGAAAUGUUGUCCGCAUUGUGGGCGCGUUCUUUUCCAGUGGCGCCCUCUGUGGCGGUCACUUAAACUAAGUUGGUUUUUGUGCGGCGUAGGUGGUUGAUGGAUCUGGGAAAGAAGGGUGAAUAGAGAAGGAAACAAAGCCGUGCGGGGAGCUAUUAUUGUCGUCCGUUUGUGGUGCUGCCUCCGCAGCUGUCGGCUCGCUUGCUGCAGCUUCUCCGCUGUUGCCCGUCGUCGUCGGCAAAGUGCACACCGCUGCUGCCACUGUUGUCGUCGUCGUCGUCGAGUGAUUAUUGCUGAACCAAUGUGUCAUGACGGUGGUCGGUUACACACAGUGUCAGUGUGAAUGUGUUUAUGAAAGGAGCAGGUCCGCUGUUACUGCUAUUUGAGUCAGCAUCGAGUCGGUUUAAGGCCAAUUGUCAGUGGGGCACUGAACAAAUCGUACAAUAAGCAAACUUCAUGCACUACAAAAGAAAAAAGGUAUAUCGCUGACGGAAUAGUAUUGUUUUAGUUCCUCAUUCACAAGUCGUUCGUGUACGCGUAGCUUAGAUUCUCUCUGGACGGUUUUGUUCGAACCCGGACCGACGUAAGAGGUGAAGUGCUUGCAGGCUGUCAACAGGCUGAGUGCGGUCGGUGGCCGCGGCGGCACCGCUGGCAGCAGCAGCAGCAGCAGCAGCAACAGCACCAUCGGCACGACCACUACAGCCUGCUGCCGCCUGCGACUGCUUGUUCCUGCAUUGAUCCUGGAUGACAGAUAGGUAGCAACAGACCCGCGUUUCGGAGUCACUUCAGACAACAACAACAACAAUUGGACUGUCCAAACCAACGGCAGCAGCACUGGUAAGAGCCAACACGUUCGAAGUUGCUGACGUUGUGCACGUCUGUGUCAUCGCCUCUCUGGAAACAGCAGCAGCAGCAGCACCACCAUCAUCAUCAUCUUUGGCACCGCUGCUGCGAAUUCGACGACAGUCAGUCAAGUCAGGAACAACACAGCAGUACAAUCAUAGUAUUUGUUGUCGUUAUUGUUGUAAAUAUUAUUAUUACUAUACGUCGUUCUAUGGCGUCGAACAGAACACCGAUGAUAUUAGCGGCAGUAUUUUUACAGUUUCUACAACAGCGGCAAGUACUCAGUGGGCAUUGUGGAAUGUGAUUGUUUCUGGUGAUCAGUUGAUCUAUGGGAUAACCUGGAGAUAAAUGUCUAGUGUGACUAACACGUUGCGGUGGACCGAUUCGGAAUAAAAAGAUGUCUAUGAAGGAUUCUGUCUAAAUUUAAAAAUGAGUGAUCCCCGGUGAUGUCGCUUCAUCAGGCAGCAUAUAUGACACGUAGAAAGCCUAAAAGUAAUGUUCUGCCUGUAGCUUGUAGCGGAGAUUUUACAUCUGUUGCAUUCUGGGAAUGUCUGCCGCACUGCCAGUGAACAAAACUAGUUAAACGUUUAAGAAUUGCAUUGUGACGUAUUAGCAAGAAAAAAAGUUUUUCAACGAUAAUGGAGUUUUCCGACCUGCAGCGCAGCUGGGCGGAUCGUUUUCCUCAGGAUAAACUAUCGCUCAUUUUUGAAGAGGACAUGAAGACGUUGCUAACUACGCACAAAGCUCGUGUAGCACAGUUACGUAAGGAACUUGCUCAAGAAGAAUUUCUCGUAGAGUACUUUGAACGAGCGUUAAACGAUGAGCGCCAGCGGCGUCGAAGCGUAACUUCAGAGGAGCCGGCAAGCCAGUCACCUCUGGUUUUGUCCCGCGAGAACUCGUUUAAAGACGAUUCUCAAAUAGGACCUGAGAUUCCUAUAGCUGUUCACAGCUCGAAUCCACCAAUUAAUCCUGUUGACCCUGAAAGCUAUGUUACGGUAAUCGCUGUUUCGUCACAAGACGAAGGGGAAAUUCGGCCUAAAAAGAAACCCCCGGCGCCGCCGCCGAAGCGAGUGGCCAGGUGGCCUCCCGCCUCGACUGUCAACGCCUUAGGAACAACGAGCCCUGUUACGACGCCCGAUGAGGCGGAAUCCACACUUUUCGCUCAGGUUGCCCAGUCAUCCUUAUCAACUUUUGGCAAACCCAAGUUUGGAUCACAGCUGUCCAAUCAAUCGACAGCGUCGAGCACAUCAUCAUUCCAGCUGGCACUGAGCAGUUUUCGGCAGGCAACGACUGAACCGUCAACUCCCUCAACGCCGGUUACUCCUACGUCAGCCGACCGGGCAGCGUCUACGACAUGUAGUCGCUCAUUGGACCAUCCCUCUGUGGUUGCGUCUGCCAGCGAUCUCAGUUCUUCACAAUCUAAAUCGAAUGAUUCGUCUCUUGAACGAAACACCAAUACAACAAAAAGCGCAGACUCAUCACUCGAGCGUAGUUCGUUGUUUUCCGGUAGCAGUCCGGCAACCAGUGCUCUUCAGGUGGAACGAAGCGCGAGUUGUCGUUUAGAGAGGCAUGCCUCGAGCGCAUCGUCGCACUCGCAGAGUAGCCGUCUGACUGCUGGAGAUGAUACAACAGAACAGCGUAGCAAUAGCAGCGGCAAUAGCAAACGCUCAACACUCCAUUUACUCAAGGAUACGCUCAAGGAUACAACAAUGAUGAAUACUACAACCAGUAAUAACAAUAGUCAUCAUCAUAACAGCGAGCGUAGUGUUACCACGAGCAACGGCGGAUCGCCGGCCGCUGGACUGCUGGACCUCGAUUGUAAUUAUGCUGGUCACCGUAAGCUCGAUAAGACUUCGACCCUGAGUUCAAACGACAGUUCGUUCGACGGUCUCGAUGACGCACCAAUAUACGACACUGUGGCGGCGGAUGAAACUGAUGCCGAAGAAUCGACGGAUGGCACAUACGAUAGCGUUCGCUGCGGCAGUCGGCAGGAGGCGCCAGAGCAGGAUUACGUUGAGUUCGGUGGGUAUGGACGUAUCCCAGCUUCACUGGUCACUGACUCAACCGAGGAAGAUAGUGAUGGAGAGGAACCGUCCGCGCGGUCACGAGAAAUUCUACAGCCCAUUGCUAAAAGUUGCGAAGAUUUGCGGGCACCUGUGGCAAGUCGUUGCGAUGGCUCUGAACUGCGUCCAAGCAGAAGGCCACCUCCAGUGCCAGGAAAACCAACUGGAGGCGGUAUUGCUCCACCUGUCCCGCAGAUUCCCUUACGUAGAGGAAGGUCUGAAGAACGCCUUGAUGGAGAUUCCGGUGUAUAUAGCAGUUCAAUGGAGUCGUACCUAUCUUCGAAGACAUCGCCACAACUCCACCGACCAAAAAAAAGCAAAGAAAAGCAUGAAAGCGAAAUCCCUGAAAAACAAUUGCGUCGUUCACAGGGCUCGAAUUCAUCGUUAGUUGAAGACAGUCCCGAUAAGGCUAAGGAAGUGGAUGGAGUGAAUUUGUUUAUAUUGCAGGUGCGUAAAAUUAUCGAAUCGGUCAUUGAAAGUGAGACCGCUUACGUAGACUGUUUGGACGUCCUUCAUCAAUAUGGAAAAGCAUUAGGGAGCGCAACAAGAACUAACCAGGCGGUUCUUUCGAGGGAGGAUGUAGAUACAAUCUUCUUUAAGAUUGAACAGCUUCUGGACGUUCAUCGGAACUUCAGAGAUGGUUUGCGCAGAAAUCUGCAGAAUCCAACCGUAAGCGGUGCAGGAGGCGCAAUAGAGAUUCGGCGACCGACUAUUGGGGAAAAUUUUAAGUUUUUAGCGAGCCGACUAGAAGUGUAUAAUCUUUUUUUGCAGAACUACUCAAAAGCCAUUGAGACCGUACGAAGAUGUUCAAUCAACAACGCCAAGUUCGAUGAACUCUCCAAAAACAUGAAAAUGAAGGGCCAGACAACAUCUCUUGAAGAUCUUCUGCACAAGCCAGUGGCGAGAAUUCAGAAAAACGCGCUUGUCAUAGAUGACCUGCUUCAGGCUACGUCGUUCUCGCAUCCGGACUAUAACAACCUUAAAACAGCCUCCAAGCUUACCCAACAUUUCCUGGAAAACCUUAAAACGAACAGCACUUUGGAGAGCAUGUUUCCCCCUCCGUCUCGAUUGUUACAGGAUCGGGCCUCGAGACACGUUGUGCGUAAUGUGUUUAUGGUACAACUGGAGGGACACCGAAAGCUUCGGCAUUUGUUCCUUUUCAACGACGUUCUCGUUUGCGCUAAGUGUAAAACAAACGGACGCACUCGGUACCUCGAGGUCAAAUGGUUUAUUCCUCUCAACGAGGUGACCCUAUUAGAUCCCGAAGGGGAAGCAGAGCCCAUCCGUGAACAGCAUCCGGCGAAUGUUUGCCAGCUUCGUUCAAGAGCAAACUCGAUUCGAGAUCAGAUUCGAAAGCUAGAAAACAAACGCGGUCCAGUUGGAUGUCAAGGUGGAGUGACAACCUCACGUCCUAUGGACAAGCUGCGGCGAAAAUUGAGCGAUCUCGAAGCAGCAUUAAUGCUUCACUCGCCUCAUCUGCCGUUUAAAAUCGGCCAUAAAAACCACAAGGUAUUUCAAUUUUUCGUAUCAUCAGAGUUCGAACGACAGCAGUGGAUUGAAGCGAUCCACGCCCUACAACAGCAAAUGCAGGGCACAGCAUCAAACCAGACGUCGAGUCACUCUGCUUCGAAAGCGUCUGGUCAAAAUCCAUCUGGAGUAAAUCUGCCUAUACCGCAUACACCACCUACGAUUUACGAGCUCAACACCUGUAUAGCAGCAGCUGGUAGUAAAAGCACACUGGGCAGCCGACCAACAGACGACCUGCUUCUCGGUGAGCUGCAUGUGCACGUGGUUAGUCUCCAAGGAGGAGAGACGGAGCCUUCCGCUACGGCUGUUUCAGCUACCGGAUCAGCAGUGGGUCUAUCGCAGAUGACAUCUAUCGCCGCUGCUAGUGUAAACACAUGCCAAAUGCAUAUUUGCCUUGAAGUCGAUUCGUACGGCCAUUUCUUCCGAAAAGGUAGGACAAAGACUGCACCGCUAACUGCCGGAGCGGAAGCACGCUUCCGGCAGGAACUUAUUAUGGACGUAGAUGGCUCACAGACUCUCCGUAUCCUGCUUUAUGAAGAACUACCCCAAGGUCCACCCCUGCUAAGGGGCAAGGCUACCUUUGAGCUGAGCAAGUCGUGGCUUACAGAGCACUUUCAAGAUAGGAGCAUCUCCCUGCAAGAGUAUACGUUAAACCUGUCGAUAAAAUAUGUGCCAUACCAGCAGUGCCUUCGACGGAAUCUCGACACCAAACCCGUUGGAACUUUUGGAUUAAAGAUCGAACAGGUUUGCAAAAAAGAGAAGUCCCCGGUACCGUUCCUCAUAAACUGCUGUGUCCGUGAGGUGGAGAAGCGUGGUAUCAAUGAAGUCGGCAUCUAUAGGCUGUCGGGUUCUACUUCGGACGUUCAGCGGCUCCGUAGAGUUUUCGAGAAUGACCCGUUCGAGGCGGAGCAGCUUUUGCGAGAGGUGGAUAUCAAUGCGGUGGCACAUUUGCUCAAGCUAUAUUUGCGAGAACUGCCAGAGGCCUUGUUUACUGAUCAGCUCUACCCUGAUCUAUUUGAGGCCCUUAGUCAACCUGAACCUGAAGAAAAGAGUGCACGUCUACUUGCGCUGUUCCAGCGUCUACCCGCCAUCAAUCGUAAUAUCGUUAUGCAUUUGAUCGAUCAUAUGGUCGUUAUUAAUCGACAUGAGGAGCACAAUAAGAUGUCAAUUAACAACCUUGCGACAGUGUUUGGUCCAACGCUUAUCCGACCCAAUGCAGGAACUACCGGUAAUCACGAUAAGGACCUUCUUACGUGCGGAACCGUCGAUGUUAUGGCCCAAGCCAGUAUUUUGCACUUUUUCUUAAAAAGGAAAGUGUCUGGAUUGCCUCUCGAGGAACCGAUUGAGUCUGCACACAUGUAAAGGCCUAAUGGGUAGGUUUACCUUCACAUAUAUAUAUAUAGCCACACAGGAAGCAGCACAGGGCGGACCUGUCGGAGGUCUUUGUCUGAGUCAAUAGGAUUCUACUAAGUAUGUCAAGUGUUGGAAAUGGAGAUUUGAUAACUACAAGGUAUAAUGGUGAAAUGCUGGCGCUAUGAGCUGAAGAUGUUGAAACGACGCGUCGAAAAACGAUUCAAAAGUCACGAAAGAAGACCUUUGUGGCUCUUCAGUUUGUCUAUUAUAUAAUAUGGCUGGCUCGUAGACGGAGAUGUUUCCCGACUAUGAACUAGCAAAAAUAAUCGCAGGGACCACUGGCAACCGAUUUGAUUGGUAAGCGGACAGGAAAGUUGACCAUCCUCAUAGGAUUACCACUAAAUGAAGCCAUUGAAUGUCCAGCCGACCGCUAUGUAUUUUGAGAUGAUAUUAUAACGACAUAGCAUUAGAUAUAACUAAAAUACGAAAAAGACUAACAUUGAUGCUAAUGAAACGUAAUAAUAAUGUUAUUAUUAUGACGAAUGAACUAUUCCGCUUAUUUAUACAAAUGAUAAUUAACAAACAAGUCAACAAUAAAUGGUGAUGACAUUGAAUCAAGUGCCAGAUCACAUACCAAAACAUUAUUAUUAUUAUUAUUACUUUAAUAAGCCUAUACGUUUUUUAAUGUAUGUACGGAUGUUUUAUUUGUCAUUUCUCUAUGGAUGUUCUCUAUUGUUAUAAUUUCAUAGUAAAAAUUUAAUUUAUUUUUUGGUCAUUAUUAGCAGUCAAUGGUGUUCUAGGAUAACAACUACCGACGAAUAACUCGACACUAUAUUAGUGGGCGAAGCGGUGAGGAAACAGAAAAAUGCAAAAAUAAAAUUAUCAGACUUUUAUUGUUUGUCUCCGCCUUUCCAAAUCAUCAUCGCAGAUUCUCGAAAAUAUAAGAACCUAUAUCUCGAGAAUUUUAAAAAUAGAAUGUAUUUGAUUGAUGACGACUACUAAUAAUUAGUGGCAACAAAAACGACACGAACGAAACCACAUGGUCUUGUAACAGAGUGUACAGAACGACUACUUUUAACGGCCAUGCUAAUUUAUUUUUUGUUAGUAAUAUUGAUGACAACAACAAUAUUAAUUGCUCUAAUAAUUAAGUAUGAUAAAACACAGGCAAGGCAUCUUACUUAUCGUCGGCAGGUUAAAGCUUUCAUGGUUCAUUAUUUCAAGCAAUAUAAUGAUGAUUGAAACACAGCCACUUAUCAUUUAUUUGUGGAAAUACUAACUCUUCUUUUGCAUCUAGCAGUUAAGUCUAAUUACGUUGAGCAGGAGCGUAAAAGAACUUUAUUUCAGAGCUCUCUAACAUAUCAGGCGCUUAUACAUUUUUCCGCACGGAAUAGGCACAAGCAACAAGCGUUUAGUGCAAACUGCUAUCUUUAUCAUAGGGUAAAAAAAAAAAUUAUAUUUUUACUCUAUUUUUACUGUGGUAGUGCAAGCUGUGGAGGAAUCUGUGGGUUAUCGUCCACAUUUUCGUGUGAUUUGUAUUAUAAAAUCGUGGUGACGAUAGUGGAAAUGGAACACCGGAAGCAUCUAUACGGAUAAGAAUAGAAACAGAAAUGAGACAGUAUUUGUAGUAAGACCCUACUAGAUCAAGUAUUUAGUAAUGAUGUCCACAAAAAUGAGAGAAAAAGAUCUAUCCACUUAAAUCGCCGUGUGAACAGGCCGGUAUUGUAGGCUCAUAUGCUAGACUGGAUAACGUCGCUGUGUUUUAUAACUCAUCUUUGAGAGGAAGAGAUAAUUUGAAUACGAAGCCGACACUUACGGCCUACGAAAAAGAGUUCAAGAAAUAACAUUGUUUGUAGCGCUUGGAGUUUGUCCACUUAAGACAUUACCACUGCGCAGCUACUCUGUUUUAUCGGAAGAAAAUGAAGACAUUUUUGUAAUCAUUUGAAAUGAUUUCUGCACAGCAACGUUACGCAUGUAGUGGCUGUAGAGACGCCAUGAACAACAACAACAACAACGGUAAUAGUAAUGAUGAUAACAAUAACCACAAUGUACGCAAAGUGUAUUUAAAAUAAACUUUAUUAUGUGCAUAAGCAAAGUACAUUUUGUUGUUCUCUAUUACACAUUUAGUACGUAAAUAACAUAGGUGUGCUCGCUAACGAAUCGCGUGUUCCGAUAAGAAAGCUUAUGUUAAUAAUGCUGAAUCUAAGGUGUAUUUAUACCUAAAAUCGAGUCUAAGAUAAAAACUGUUUACUCAAAUCGCGUCAAUUUGCUUCUCAUGUAAAAUGAAUGUAGGGAUUUUUUGCCUAGAGUUUCGAGUUUAAUUUGAUUUCGGGAAAUUUCGAGUAUUCUAGAUUGUUUUUUGACUUGUCCUUAUAGGCAAUACUGCAAAUUGAGUAACACAGGACUUGCGAGACAAUUAUUUCAGCAAGAAUUAGCGACAGCCGUUUCCUGACUUUCAGCACCUACACAACUAGAGAAAAAAAACACUUUUCCCAAAAGUGCUACUUUUCCAAAAAACAACUCAUGCAUUUGGGAAAGAAAUAAGGGCCCAUCUCACUAGAAAUAUUUUACGAUAGCAAUGUUUUUCAACUUCUGUUUGCCACGAAUUAUUAUUACUUUUUUAUUAAUUAUUUAAGUGCUUAAUAUAACGGAGUAUCUUUACAUCUUGCGUAUUUUUAUAUGACUACUGCUCGCUUUUCUUUGACAAAGCCUGAACUGAAUGUACUAGAGCACCUUGGCACAGGGGAGUGAUACACCCGCCUUGAAAAUUUCACAACUAAGACCGCUAAUAGGGUACGUAAGAAGUCGCCGACCGAUUUCGUCUCUAUACCUUGUGUUUGUAAGCACACAAGAGCUAGCAGACUUUUGAGCGAUAAAUGUAGUAGCGGAUGCAGUUAGUGAUGGUGCAGCUGCAAUUAGGAGCAGCGUUUAUUUUUGGAAAAGCAUGAUAAAAGUGAAGAGUUUGCCAAUAAAGCUAACUUCCUGUUUAAAUAGCUGGAUCUCAGUAAACAAAACUGUACGAACAAAACUUAAUAAAACAAAUGAGGAACUCCGAGAACCUAAAGUUAAGUAUCAAGUAAACGCUUCAACCACAAAAAAUCGCCGUGAACUGCGGCUGAAGAGCAAAGGUAUCAUUGGGUUUUUUCUUCAAAAAUGGCGAUGGAUGUUUAUCGUGACAUGUUGCGAAUCUUUUUAUAAUUCGAAAUGAAAACACUGGAUGCGAAAAAGCUUUUAAUCUCAACCAAGUAAGAAAACAUGCCACACAGCACGGGAAAUAAGGAUUCUUUUUAAAACCAUGUUUCCAGGCCGGCUGAUUUCCCUAAGGAGCAGAGACAUCGAGUGGAAAUCCGGAUCUUCUGAUUUGAUUCCUCUCGAUUUUUCCUGCGAGUCCACACGAAAGCCAAAAUGUGCAAAAUAAGGCCGAAAACAAUCCACUCUAUUGAAAAGUGAUUGCUAAAUAUCACGCUGAAUUAUGCAAGGCUAUGGUUUGAUUGACAUUGCUGUACAGUGCAGAUUAAAUAUACUGGGCUGCGGUAACAUAACAGUAAAAAAAUGCACAGAAACUCACUUUUCUUUUACUCAUUCCGGGAAUACUGAAAGUGUCCGGCAACUUCCUGCUCAUUUUAUAUUAACUAGUAUUUAGUAGGGUUCUGUCAAGUUUCUAUUUUAAUGAGUUGUAUGUUUUUAGUGUGCUCAUUCCAAUUCCAGUAACACAAUCCAUCGAAUUUUUCGCUAUUAUAUAUUAAAUAAACCAACAUUACUAUUAUCCUAAGGACUACGAACAUGAGAUUAAUGUUAAGUAAGUUAAAAAAUUAUCAUUAUAAGAUAAACUCAGGAGCUUUAGCUAUCAAAGGUAUACUAUAUUUUGACUUCGCUCAAAACUUCGGCUGAUGUUCGGCUCAGAACAUCCUAAAUAUAUAUUUAUUAAGAUAAAAUGUAACUUAUUUCCGUUCCAUUUAACCGAAGUGCAGAGAUUCACUCGAAUUCUAAAAACCAAUUUAUUUAUUACGACUCUUCUUAUUCCUGCGACUUUUUUCUAUUUCUCAAUCAAUUUAUUUAUCCGUUUUCGCCUAUCUAUUUCUAAAUUUUCUAAAUCUGGCGUUAGAGAACUCGCUUAAGAAAAUUUUGGGAUUCUCUACGGAAUUGAAUUUUCCAAUGAUCGAUAAAAGCACCAGCAACGUCGCAGCGAACCCUAGUGAAUGUAAAAAAAAGCCUUCAUAAUCUUUGCCGUAUGUGACUUAACAAUGGCGUGAAGAGGGAUGCUUUACCUAUCGGGCCAUUUCAGUUAGAUAGCUUCGUUCACUCGGCGAAACUGGGCCAUACACAGAUGCUUGUUGACCGUCCCAGUCUCUCUCUUCCAGACCCACCAAAUGCAAAUCAUAAUUUUUUUUUUUUUUUUCAGAAAUUCGGCUUUAAACUUCGCUUUAGGCUCAGGCGUAUCUCAUAAAACUACCCGUUCUUUUCUCUGCUUUGGAAAUGGAAAGACCAGUUCGGCACCCGUAUCGACUCAAUGUGGGAACCUGUUGCUCGGCGCUAGACAAAAUGUUCAGAGUCAAUGAGAAGCUGUUUUUUUGUGCGCUUUCUCCUAACAUAAGAGCAGUUCUGUGCAACUUAGAAAACGAUUUCGAUCGUGAAUUUCGACCCAAACCUUCACCAGUUUACCGCGUAAAUUAAGACCCUUAUUCUAAUUUGGGACCUUCCUUGUCGAUAUGCAGUGCCUAUAUUUUCUGUAGUUUUCUUCAGUAUCACCUGCUAUACGUCGUGUUCAACCAGAUUUACAAAAAUCAUUCUUAAAUAUAGUUAAAAUUAUUAGUUUACUUUUUUAAUGUGAUCUGUUCAAAUGUACUCUACUGCACCAGCGUGUUUUGUUCAGCUAAGCUCCUUCAUUUAAAGAAGUUUUUGCGGUAGAAUAAUAUAUAUAAUCAUCUACCUCAAGUUAUAACAAGGAUACAGUACAUUAUUGAGCAUAUCAACAUUUAUUCCAAAUAUACACCUCCAACAUCAUUAAUCAUCUGGAGCAGAGUAGCCCAAUUGGAAGCCUGGUAAAACAGCAAGGCCCAAUAGUUUUUAUUGUUUCCAAAUGAAGGUAUUACUUAUGGAAAUAAGUAAACUUAAAAUCUCCGAAUACACAGCUGCUCCAGCCGCAAUUAGCCACAUAAACCCUUUAUUGUAUAUCAUUAGCUUGAUGGAGAACUAUAUGUGCAGGAUUAAUGAAACAAAAAAAAAAA